UACCGAAACUCUCAAGUUACAGUUCGAAGUUAAGAGCCCACUGAUCGCGAAAUUUUAGACAUCGGGAGCGACGUCUAAUUAAUAUACGUAACUCUUGAACAAUUUCUCUUUCGCUCGGUGUCAAAGACCAGAACUUAUCGAUAGUGAUCCGCACCUCUAAAGAACAAGAAAUUUCACGGCGACGAAAAGGGAAACUGAGUGGAGCCGGUGGUCGGGAUGCGGCACGAGGAGCUCAACGGCUCCAGCUAACGCAAGAUCGCGAGGAAAGCGUGAUUUAGCGUGAGAAGCUGGAAAAUCCAGGAUGCCAGGAGUGUGGAGACUGCUACAUACGCUGAUCUAUGUGAUGGUUGGCUUAAAAAUCAGCCGGAGUAGUAGCGAGAUUUGGCCACUAGAAAGGCCAGACGGGAUGCCGGCUAUACAGUCACUGGAGGUAAUGUGUGGCAAGGAUCACAUGGACGUGCAUCUAUCCUUUUCACAACCAUUCGAGGGUAUUGUCUCAUCCAAAGGUCAACACUCAGAUCCUCGAUGCGUCUAUGUUCCACCCUCAACUGGACAGACAUUCUUUUCCUUUAGAAUAGCCUAUGCUCGGUGUGGCACUAAGCCAGACAUGCAUGGACAAUUUUAUGAAAAUACUGUUGUUGUACAGUACGAUAAAGAUCUGUUGGAAGUAUGGGACGAAGCGAAAAGAUUGCGCUGUGAGUGGUUUAAUGAUUAUGAGAAAACCGCAUCUAAACCUCCUAUGGUGAUUGCUGACCUCGACGUUAUACAGCUUGACUUCCGAGGAGAUAAUGUCGACUGUUGGAUGGAAAUACAACAUGGAAAGGGUCCGUGGGCACCGCCAGUUUCUGGUAUUGUACCUCUUGGCUCUACUUUAACUCUCGUCGUUGCCAUUAACGAUUAUCGAGGUGAAUUUGACAUGCGCGUUAAAUCAUGCGUCGCUUCGGACGGGGGUGGACAUACGAUUCAGCUUAGUGAUGAGUUUGGUUGCGUGCUCCGACCAAAGAUGAUUAGUCGAUUUUUGAAGGCCAGAGGCUCCGACGACCGCGCCACUGUCAUAACUUAUGCCUUCUUCCACGCCUUUAAGUUCCCCGACGCUCUCAGUGUGCACAUCAAAUGUAAAGUCGAGAUCUGCCGGCACGGAUGUCUCGACCACUGCCAAUCCAAUGGUGUCAGUGGCGCCGAGUCUCUGGGCCUGGGUCACUAUAUUCAGGAACGAAACGAUGUGAAUGCCCACCAACAGCAUCAGCAACAGCAACAUUUGUACAUCGAACCGGAAAUGCCGGCGAGUAGUGUGAGUCAGGCACCCAGGCCUUUGGGCAUCAGCUCUGUGGAUGGGCCACCGAUUUAUGACGACGUUGUACACAACGGCGAUGAGAUGGCCUCAAUAGGCGGACACUUUCUGGAUGUUGAAAAAUCAGCCGCACCCAAAGCCCAAGCCCAAACAAGUAAUCAUCAGACUGGAUCCACAACACCUGAGUCUCUCGUUCAUUCCACUGCGGAUCCACUGCUCUCCAAACCUUACCUGUCAGUGCAGCCAGCACGAGUGACGCGCUAUCAGCCCCAAGAGCACUUUCCACACGGACCACGUAAGCUCGAGCAGGAUGAGGACGAACGGCCGGAGGUGAAAUUUAGGGAGCCGAGAGCGAAUGAUUCCGUACCGAUGAGUAUGAGCGAGCCUAGCAGAAAUCUGACAAAAUCACGACUCGAGCCUUUAAACGGCACAGCGAAUCGGCGCAGACGCUCCCUUCAGGUGUCCGAUCGGAAGGUUCGCAGCGCCGACGUCGGUGUCUCCGGUAUAUACGAGGUCAUUUCCGAGGCCGAUCUGGCUUUUAGUCCAGACAAUCACGCCGAGGCAGUCACUGUAUUUCAGGGUCGGAUACGGGAGGAAGUCGUCUACGGGAUCUGCUUACCGGUAAGCGGCUUCAGCGCCCUUUUCGUCAUUGUCGCCCUCUCCGCAGUAGUGUCAGCUCUCGUCGCAGGUGCUAUGGUCCAUCGGCUGCAGGCACAGCGCGAGCUCGCACGCAACGCCCGGAAGAGCCUGCCAGCAAGUUUGGCGGCGAUCGCCGCGGCUCAUCGACUGGUUGACCCUAGAAAUGGCCAGCAGCCUGGGUGGCUCCAGGCCUACGGACUUUUCCGGGCGCGAUGCCUUAUUGAGAGACAGAGAAACCAGAGUCAACUAUCUUCCAUCGAAGCCAAUAAAUGAAGGCGCCGAUGUUAGUGUAGGCGGAUGUGUGUGGAGGGCCCGAGCAGAAUUCAAAAUUAGUCGUACGGUCCAUUCGAAUGCCCUUGGAGUGAAAAUUGCAUUGAAUGGUACCGAGAUAGGAUUUGCGAUAGCUCUGUUCUAUUCAAGGUAUUGAAAACGAAAAGCUCGUUUUAUCUAAAUGCAACUGUAAUUUGUAACACGCUGAU